CAGGCGGAACAAUUAUUAGGCUGUAUAGUGAGAGGAGUGAAAAUGAUAACGCCCGAUUUCAGGUUAUACACAGCAUCCAAUAUGGCGGAUACCGGGCCUGAGCUAGAAUUAUUGUUUUUUGAUACAUUUUCACACGAAGGACAGGGUGCUGAGCAACUCAAUCUUGACCUGGUGCAGUUUCCCCGGCCAGUCAUCAUCCAUGAAGUACGAGUGAUCCCCCUUCAGACCAGGGUCCAGGCUGAUGUUCCCGGAGGUGUCAGACUUGGUGCCACAAAUCCUUCAAGUUUUAAACUCGAGUUGUUUGUCAACAAUUUAAGCAAGCCAAAUGCUGCCACAUUUGAAAGGCUUGGAGUACUAGAUUAUAAACAGAAUGUGGAUAUCAAGUUACGAGCAGAAGGAGCGGAGAUUCCGACAGAUGGGCUGAUACUGAAGGGAUGGUACACCACCAUUACUAUUGCAAUCUAUGGGACACUGACCGUGGUCAAGCCUGACCACUCCUCCCCACCACCACCUCCUCCUCCACAAGUCAGACAAAAGAGUUCUAUUGAAACAAGAACUGCUGGUGGAACUGACAUGGCACGUCCUGACUGGGAACCAACACCAGCCAGACCUGUCUCCACAUCAACAGAUAUCCCUCGGUCUGAGUGGGAGCCCCCGCCUCCUCGAGCUGCUCAGUCCAAGCCCCCACAGCAACAUCCAUUGGACUACAUCCAGCAACAGGUCCAGCUGCAACAGAAACAGCAGCAGGCAGCACAUUCCCAAUCUCAGACUCUUCCGAACUUGUCUCAUCCCCCUCCCAACCUCGCACUUCCGCCUCCUCAACCAGUCCCACCACCACAGACUAAUAUUCCCCCACCACAAAUACCUGGACAACCCCCAUCCGAUAUUUACAGAGGUGUGGAAGCUCCGUUUGACAGGGCACUCCACCCUGCAUCCCAACAUAGAGACAUAAUGCAGGAGUUCGUACAGAGUCCCAAAAUGGGGCUCAUUGACAGUCGUGAUGGGGGGCACUUCGACGGACGUGAAUCUCAGAGGGAUUUUUCAUCAGAAAAACGUGAGAACUAUGAGAGCAGAGAUGUGUAUGAUGAAAACAGAUCACAGGGUUCUUACGAAAAAGACUAUAGAACACACAAAGAAUCAAAUAGUCAUGAGAGGGAUUAUGACCAAUCUAGAGAAAGUUCUAGGGACAGAGAGUAUAGAGACAGGGGAAGAGACCUAGGGGAAAAGGAACGAAGGGAAAAGGUAUGGGAAAAGUUCCGUGAACGUGAACGAGAACGUGAUACAGGUUUCAGAGAAAAAGCAAAAGACUAUGGAGACCGGAGUCCUAGAGACUGGCCAAGAAGUCCUUCAAAACGAAAGUGGUCAAGGUCCAGAUCACGUUCUCGAUCACGAUCAAGGUCAGACUCCAGAUCACGAUCAAGGUCGAGGUCAAGGUCUUAUUCUAGAUCAAGGUCAUACUCAAGAUCGCCAAGACGAUCAUCAAGAUCUCCAAGGAGAUCAUUUUCAAGAUCUCCAAGGAGAUCAUACUCAAGAUCACCGAGACGGUCAUAUUCAAGGUCACCAAGGAGGUCAAGGUCGCGUUCAAGAACUCCAAGGAGGUCUUACUCACCAAGAUCCCCAGGACCAUUUAGAUCUAAAGUUCCAAGGUCAAGGUCACCUCCAGAAAUGCAUCCAAGGUCACCAAUUCACCCAAGGUCACCAGUGCAUCCACGGUCACCUGCGCGUCCAAUGUCACCCGUAAUUUCAAGGUCACCUGCACCUGUACAGACCCCAUUGUCCCCUCCCCAGGAGCUACCCCAGGUGGAGGAGUCACCGAUUCCCAUUAUCAGACAGCCCCGUGAGACACGAGAACCCCUUAGGGAGCCUUCUCUGCCCCAUGAAGAGAUUAUGGAAGCAGGGGAGAUUAUUGAUGAGGUUGGUCAGACCAUCUUUGACCAGCUUACUCCUGAGCAUUCACCAGGACCCAUGUUUUCUUCAGACGGAGAAAUUCAGGAGGUGGACGAUACAUACGAAAAUAUCUCUUCUGAUGAUGAACUGGAACUAGAUGGCGAUGACAUGAUGACAAACAUCGACAUGUACGAUAUAGUUGACGACUACGCUACCAUCUCGUUCAACCCAUUCCAGUUUGAAGUGGCCAAACUUGUGACAAUGGCAGAUGUGACACUGACCAAGUAUGAGGAGGAGUUAUCUGCCCUUCAGCAGCAGACGAACAAAGCUACAGAGAGACCCUCUGAGGCUACAGCUUUACUGGAACUUGUUGAUGAAUUCUCUUCCUCUGGCCAUCAUGGCAGGUGGAUUGAAGCACUAGAAAGUGUGCCAAGUCUUCUUGUGAAGGGCUUGUCUUACCUUUUACAGCGAGAGAACAGAUCAGAUGUCCUUGAGCAAUUACUAGAGUGGUCACUGGAGGGACUUGACCUGGACAAGGCCAUGGCACAACCUGAGACUGCCCACAAGGUUCGCCACCUCAAGAUGGGCAUCAAGCUGGCUGGGAGUAUGUGUACCUGUAGUCGUGAUAUUGUCCUCAAGUGUCUGGCCAUGGACAUCCAGCAUAAGCUACUAGAUCUGUUUGUGGCACCCUACAUGUCCUUCUCCCUCAAGCUCCAAAUUGUACGUGCCAUUGACCAGUCAACACGCUUCACCGACGGCAUGCAGUGGUUCCUGGGCAAGCACAUUCUACAGAACACAAAGGUCAAGGUUGACAGUGACGACAGUCAAAAUGUCAAGACAGAAUUGAACGAUAAUAAAGAGAGCUGUUAUGAAAGGCUUAUUGAAUGUAUGAUGAAGAAACAGGUUGCCAGGGUAACAAUAGCAAUGGCUGCCUUUUUGAAGAAAAUUCACAUUUAUGAGUUGCUGUCUAGUCUAACUGGAAAUGUUAAAAG